AUGGACAGACCACAAGUCUCAAUACCACCUGCUGCGAAUAUCCUUGGUGUACGUUUCUCCACUUCACCCACGUUCCCCGACUUGCUUGCUUGA